AAACAACGUCAUUAAGGCGCGCCGACCCCCGUGGCGCGUUACCAAGGCAACCCCGUUCAGCCAAUGAGAUUCUGUGAUAGAAUUGUGGCGCCAAUGUUUCCGUGAAGGAGAUUUCUUUGAAAGCGGGGAGCCGGAGUCCCGGGGACCGGAAUGGGAUAGCAAUAGAUAAAGCUGGAGGUAAAACAACCAAACCGAUAAUUAUUGUCCCUCCACCAUUAUGUCACCGAGUUUAUUCCCAGACAGCUGCUGGCUUUAUAGAGGGACCACCCUGCCAGGUCCGUCUAUUAAAUAACAUGUCAAAUAUAACAACAACAAUAAUAACAACAACAAUAAUAAUAAUAAUAACCCAGCCGUACUGCUCUCUGCCACCCUGAACACGGUGUGUGGUGGAGAACACAUAACAGACAUAGUCCCUUUAUUUGGGUAAUUUAAUAAACUGUGGAUAUUGCAGGGUAGGAAUGGUGAUUUUCAUGGUGCACUAUAUAUUUUAUAUACUAAUCCUUCUAUAAAAUGCAGUGUGGUAAACCAUGGUCUGCUUUAAGGGUGAUCAGGUGACACAUAAAGGGACAAGCCUUGGCAUAACUGUCAGGGUUGUUCACUGGAAUAGAAAUUCUGACAUAUUGAUUGAGUGAAUUGAACAUUUUAGGAAAAAUUAUUCAAAUUGGAUAUCCAAGCUACUUUGACCUACACAUUGAAUUCCCCCAAUUGCUUGCCAAGUGUAAAGCCUCUGGGUGUCUACUGCAAAAUUUGCAACGUUUUUGUCACAUAUUCACCCACUCAAAUCUGUAUAAACCAUAGGUGUGUAUGUGGUAAGACUUAAACAAUAAAUGUAAGUUUACAUGGACUAUCACUGUUAAACCAAUGUGGUUUCUGAACACUAAUAGGAUUGCAAAUGUCAUGCUAGGCUUGCAGAUAAAAUUAAUUUAAUAUAAGAUAUAUAAACAGAAUAGUUGCUUGUUGGUUCUGCACCACAUACAUGGUUAUUCACUGAAGUGAGAAUUCUGGGAAUUCAAGUGAAUUACAAUAAAGAUCCGCUAUUGCCAAAGGAACUAGGCUUCCAAUAUCAGCUUGCAUUUUAUAUACCGUUAUAUUUCAACAGGCGGUGGCAAAUACUCUCAAGUGAUAUUAUGGUUACAUACAGAAAUGUUUUACACAUGGUUCUGUUGCUUUCUUACACAUGCCUGUGAAAUGAAUAUUUCUGCAUUUAUAAUACUUGUACACUACAAAACUACUGAAUGCUUGCUCUACAAGUAAAAUUGGUCUGUGUGGUUUAAAUUAAAGUUUAAGGACAAUAUGCAAGGCACAAGAGACCGGAUUAUUACUAAUAGUAUCUACGUGUGUGUGUAAUAUAUAUAUAUAUAUAUAUAUAUAUAUAUAUAUAUGUGUAUAUACACACACACACCUCAUAUGUCAUGUGUAUAGGUAUCUGAUUGUGAUUAUUUUGUUGUGUUGGUACCAUACAUUGUAGGCUGAACUCUCAGGAAUCACUUUUCAUCUUCACACAUUUCUGCUUUUGGUAUUCUAUUUGAUAAUGAAAGGUAAAAGGACACUCCACACUCUGAAACCACUUAAGCUUGAUGAAGGAAGUUAGGAGUUAACAGAGUGUCUCCUCUUAACCCGUUAAGGACCAAACGUCUGGAAUAAAAGGGAAUCAUGACUUGUCACACAUGUCAUGUGUCCUUAAGGAAUUAAAAACCUACUGUAGUGGUUAUAAUGCCAGGAACACCCUGGCUCGGUUCUCCAGUAAUGGGGCAAACCAUUUAGCAAUGGUUUGCCACUGUUACCGGGAAACUAACGGAGGCCAAGCACAGAGAGAUGGACACAGGUUUCUUCAGGAAGGAAGAGAUCUUUAUUCGAUUCACCGACCGGGACUCAGAGGGACUUAUGUCACCAAAAACAGCAAAGAUCUGAGCACUGAAUACAUAGAGUAGAUUCCUUAUAUAGCACUGUAGCUCCUCCCAUAAUUAGCUACGCCCACACAUACCCUUAACCUAAUCAAUGAAUAGAGUCUAAACUCAUCCAUCCGGUCUAACCACGUGGCUCAUCUGAAACAAAGGAGAGGGAUGGGUAAUUCCAGUUCCUGCAUUCCUGUACAUGCUCAGUACAGUGAUGACAGUAUCUUAGCUACGUGUAACUAACUAACUAACUGAUACUACAAACACAUGUACCGACAUAAGCCUUGUGGCAAUCUUGGCCUGCUAAACUUUUAUUUUACUGGAAUUCCAUCACAUUGCCCCCUUUGAUGCUUCUGAUUUAAAAUAAUUCCAGAUGCAUCACCAAUCAUAGUUUGCUUACACCUCAAGUUGCCAUAAACCAGACUAGACUUUGCGAUCCUCUAAAGAUACGAACCCCUCAACAUUCCUCUUCCUGCAUGUAUUCUCCUUGAUCUAGAGCUUCAUACCUGCAAACAGCCAUUACCUGUGCUGCGGCCUUUCUUUCUGCUAUACUUUCUAUAAUGCUCUGCAUAGACCUAAUUACCAAAGGAAUCAGACAUGGCAGAAGGAGACACAACAUCAAAAAUCAGUAUGACUCCACCUACCAAUGCCUUGAUUCCUCCAAACUGCUCAUACCAACUACCAAACCAACUACUCGGAUUAUACCCACUCCAGACCUGAGUAGGUACAUGCGCAAGUUUAACCAUGUGACUGGUAAGUUCAGCCACUGCCUGCCCUUCAUCAUCUUUGUGCAGACAAUAGUUACUUAGAUUAAACUUCCCGCAUACACCUCUACUGCUAAUAAAUAGUCCAGAGCUAAUCUAUUUUGAUAGAUGGCUGAUCUCAUUCGGGUAUUAUGUUUAGCUAGGAGAUUGAGCGCCUGUGCUGUCUCAUUGGUAACUAUCUCAACUACUGCUUGCAAUCUUAUAAUACGAUUAAGCAUAUAUAUUGGGGUUCUGUAUCCAUAAGUACCAUCCUCUGCCCACGUAGCUGGCCCAUAAUAAUCUAUAAUACGCUGGGGAGGCCACUCAUCAUCUUCCCAGGUACCUAUCUCUAGGGGUGCCCUUUUCUUCCUAUGAUUUACAUCAUAUACUUUAACUCCCAAAGUCUCUCCUGUUUCAAUUGGCAACAAGAAGAAGGAUGGUUUGAGCAUACCAAAUACACAUGCCCCUUCCCAGUCCUGUGGUAACUCCGAAUAUGCUUUCUUACCACAAAUCCUGUACAAAUUUGCCGGGGCUUUCCAACUAGAUGUAGCAGAUAGGUCAAACCAUACAUCCUUUAAAUUGGUAUAAUUUGCAAACGGAUUAGACGGUUCUGAGACAUUUGAAGCUGACCACCUAGUAGUAUCUUUUGUAUCGUCAUUAUAGGCUUUCUGCCCUAAACAAGUCAAUUCUCCUACAGAUGUAUUAAACAUUAUUCCUUUCCUUGCUAUACAAACAUAACCUAUAAUGGAGGUCUUUAAUCACCACUCAGAUUUACCUCUAACACUCACUUGAUAAUCAGAUUGAGAAGAUAUUAGUUGUUCAACUGUCUCAGAACCAGAAUACAUUACCUCCUUUGCUUCCCAAGGCCAUUGGUCUCCCAUAUUAGUACCUCCACACACAUAGCAGUUGGUUACAUUAAGACUACCAGCAAUGCUCUCAGCUAGGUCUAUGAAUAAGUUUUUGGCAUUAUGGGGAACCUUAUCUUCCACACUCAUCUCCUCAUAAAAAGAAUGGAAAACCUGAUGAGUCUGGGGGGCCACUGUAUCUGUCUCUAUUCCUAUGUAUAAUAUCGUCCCAGGAUCCAAACCUGUUCCAUAUAUUUGGAACCCAAAUAGAUUCCCAAACUUAUCUAUAAAUAGCUCUGGGUCCUUGAUAAGUAUAUGGACUGGGUUACACUCCAUAGACUUACAAUAUGGCUUGGUAGGCAAUCUAGUGAUAAUCAUAUCCUUAUCUACUGUCUGUCCCCAGGUUGCCCAUCCCACACAGGACCAAUACGGACAAUAAUUGUAGUCUUUAUUUGGGCAGUUUGGAUCUAUAUACUUAUGCUUAUUACUAGGACAAAUAUACUUAUCAUUAGACCCAUACGUUCUUUCCCAUUUAAGACCACCACAUACAUUCCAUGGCUUCCUACUACCUGAUAUCGCCUUACAUGCAUCAAAUAGCAAAACACCUGGAGAAUGUACGCUUUCUAGUACAGUCUUAUUUAUCAGGUUCCCCUGUGCGUUCUCAUUCCGAAUAGUCAACCAAAUUGUACGGGGCUGAUACUCAGGAUUAAAACACCUAGGUUCUCCUGCUCCUAUAUGGCAUACACUAUAAUCUGUACCUAGGUAUCUACACUUUGAUACAUGUCCUGUGCACUCAUAUUGCGAAUGCCAAAUAAGGGUCUGGGAAAUACGAUUGCCUGUUUUCGUAGUCUUAAUGCAAACCUCGCAGCCUGGUGUGUCGGUACCUCUACCUUCCUGAAUAAUUAAAAACACACAUAUAUACAUCAUCAAACACAUUACUCCUGACAUCUUCUUCCUAAUUCUUCGACCGUGCGACGGCACCUCAGCUUCCAGGCGUGUGAGGGCUGCAGGGAAUGGAGUCCUUCUGAUCCUCACUGUUCUUCACAGAGGAUUCCUCUGGCUUAAACGUUGGUAGGUGGUCAGGCUUUAUUGUGGCCGUCAAAACACCUACUUGUAGAUCUUUGUUGAUGUUCCCUUGUAACAAUACUCUUCGCAAAAAACACUUUUAAUCUAACUGGGUCACUCGCUUCAACCGGAUCUUGCAGGGAUUCUCAGGAUCUUGAGUAGCUUGCCAAGAAUCUGCUGCUGGUUUAACCCUGGAGUGAUGAAUCCACGGAGUCACUUCUGCCACCUUUAUAGCUGUUGGAGUAGACAAAAGAACAGCAUAAGGACCCCUCCACUUUGGCCCCAACGGUACACUGUUCCACUCCUUUAUCCAAACUUGGUCUCCUGGAUGGUAAGAAUGAACAGGUGGAUAUAUGUUCACAGGUAACCUAUCUUGUACCCAUUUCUGUACUUCCAACAUAGUUCUACCCAACUCUACAACCUGCUGCCGAGUAAUUCCUUCUUUCACAUAGCUACUACCAUCCGUAUAAUACUGUACAUCCCGGUCCUGAAUGCGAAAGUCAUGAAGGUCCGGUUGGCUUGAAAAACACCUCAUCCAUUAUCUCCAAACAAUCAUUUUACUUUCAUUACGUUGUGGCAAAAGGGUAGCUGGAUUCAGGGUAUUAACAGUUUCACAUAGCAUGGCUUGAUAUUUAGUCAUUCGGCUAUUACUGAACCAAUGAUUACCUUUGUAAUCCAAUAGAGUCUGUACUGCAUGAGGUACUCGCACGUGGAGUUCCUGUCCCAGUGUAAGCUUGUCAGCUUCUGCUACCAACAGGGCAGCGGCAGCCACUGCUCGCAGACAAGGUGGAAGACCACUAACCACUGCAUCCAACUGUUUGGACAUGUACGCGACAGGUUGUUGCCAUGAUCCCAGAUACUGUGUCAGUACUCCCACAGCCAUCCUUCUUUGCUCGUGUACAUAUAAGUAGAAUGGACGUGUAUGAUCAGGUAGACCUAAUGCGGGGGCGCUCAUCAAUGCCUUCUUAACAUCCUCAAAUGCCUUCUGCUAUUCGAUGGUCCACAGGAAGGAAUCAUGUUCCGUGCCUUUAAUAGCGGCAUAGAGGGGUUUCGCCAGUAUUGCAUAACUGGGAAUCCAUAUCCUACAGAAGCCUGCUGCCCCUAAGAAUUCUCGCACUUGUCUUCUAUUCUUAGGUGUUGGUAUUUGGCAUACAGCCUCUUUUCUUUCAGGCCCCAUUAUCCUUUGACCUUCAGAGAUAUGGAAUCCCAGAUACUUGACAGUUGGCUGACACAACUGAGCUUUCUUCCUGGACACCUUGUAUCCUGCCUUCCAAAGAAUGUGCAGUAAAUCAUAAGUUGCUUGCUGGCAUAUCUCUUUAGUAACUGCCGCUAUCAACAAAUCAUCCACAUACUGAAGUAAUACACAUUCUCCUGGGAUGGACUUGAAAUCUUGCAGGUCCUGACUUAAUGCGGAUCCAAAUAGGGUGGGUGAAUUCUUGAACCCUUGAGGCAAUCUUGUUCAGGUCAUCUGACGUUUCGAGCCCGUUACAGCAUCUUCCCAUUGAAAUGCAAAGAUACACUGGCUUUCUGUAGCAAUUCGUAGGCAAAAGAAGGCAUCUUAAAGAUCCAAGACUAUAAAGUAAGUAGGCCCACCCGGAAUCAAGGCAAGCAAGUUAUAAGGAUUGGGCACAACUGGAUGUAUACUUACUACCGCAUCAUUGACUGCUCUCAAAUCCUGCACAGGACGAUACUCAUCUGACCCAGGCUUCUGAACAGGCAACAAUGGAGUAUUCCAGGGGGAAGUACAGAAUUUUAGGAUACCAUACCUUAUGAACUUAUCCAAAUAAGACUGUAUGUUCUUCUUCGCCUUUUGAGGUAUAUGGUAUUGUCGCAGGCUUACUGGAUAAACCCCAAGCUUUAGUUCGAUGCGUAUAGGUGGGAUAUUGCGAGCAAGUCCUGGUGGGUUCUUUUCUGCCCACACUCCUGGUAUAUUAUACAAGGAUUCAUCACUCUUAGGGUUUUGACUUGUCAUCACUGUAUAAAGUCGCCACUCUUCUUCCUUUGGUACUGAUAGUGUCAUUAUACCUGAGGGUCCAUUAAACUUCAAGGAUGUUGUUCCGUUAGGCAGAAAUGUUAUCUGUGCUUGUAACUUCGACAACAAAUCCCGUCCCAGAAGUUGGACUGGACAUUCAGGCAUGUAAAGAAACUGAUGUUUCACUACGUGGCCUCCCAGUGUACAGAGUCGACUUUUGAGAACCGGUUUAGCAGCACUCCUCCCGGUUGCUCCUAUUACAGUGAUAGUUCUUCCUGAAGGAGGAGCAACUAGGUCAGUUACCACAGAAUGUUCAGCACCAGUGUCGAUCAUGAAAGAACUCCUUUUUCCCCCUAUUGCUACAUCGACUAUAGGCUCCGCUCGACCAAGGGGGAUGGAGCCCGGUCGGUAUCAAUAGUCCUCCAUGACAGUGUCAGCCAAACCCACAAAGUCCCUAUCUUCUCUUUCUCACGGUCUCUGCGCUGCUGGGUAAUACCUAUCCCCUUGAACGCUUCCUCUACUAUUCCCACCAUUUCCUCCAGGGCCUCCUCUUCCUCUCACUCUACCUCUAUAGUUAUUACUAUAUCCUCCCCUUGUUCUAUCUCUCUCAUUUUUUUCCCUCAAUGGACACUCACUCCUCCAAUGCCCUUCUUCCCUACAAUAUGUGCAUUGGUUCCUACUUAAAGGCUCCCUAUUCCACUUAUUCUCGCUUUUCUCGGUUCCUCUGUACACUUCCUUUUCCCUUCUAUCUACACCAGCGAUAGCUACCGCUAACAUAUCUACCUUUUUCCUCAUCUUACGUUCCUUCUCACGCUUUGUCUCAGUUCCCUUAUUCAUAUACACCUUAUUUGCAACCUCCAUUAGCUGUGAUAUGGAUAUCCCUGCAAAUCUCUCCAAUUUUUGUAACUUUCUCUUAAUAUUGCUCUGGGCCAGGCUGACAAAUGCUGAAUUAAUCAUUUGGAAGUUUUCAGGGGCUUCAGGAUUGAAAGGAGUGUACAAUCUAUUUUACUCAAGCAGUCUCUCAUAAAAAGCACUGGGUGAUUCAUUAGCUGUAACACUUCAGCCGUCCUGGACAUGUUAAUUGCCUUUUUCCCUCCUGCCUUCAUGCCAGCAGUAAUGGCUUGUUGAUAGGCCUUUAAAUGGAUCAUGUCAGCGCCAUUUACAUUCCAAAGGUCAGUAAUAAUUGCUGACAAUCAGCCCAGGUGAGAUUGUGGGUUUGUAUAAUAGAAGUAACCAAAUCUGUCAUGACUUGAGGCUUAUCAGUGUAUGAAGAAUUAUGUGUCUUCCAGUUGUAUUUUAGACUAUCACUGAAGACACACAGUAUUCAAUAGUUUUAGUGCUAUUUCAAUGUUUAUGGUACAAUGUCAUUGCUGAGAAUUAUCUGAUCCAAUAGACUCAGUUACUGUUAUUAAGAAUUCUCCUCACAAUUUAACUGUAAAUAAAAUUCAAUGCUAAAAUACACUCCUACCAAAAAGGAAGUCAAUUUAAAUUACAAAAAAAACAGUUUGUACAGAAAUACAAGAGUUUGAAAGAAAAGAUAGGUAUGUGAGUAGGCGUGGACAAUAGAGCAGGGGGAGUGCAAAUACCAGCUAUACCAGUUUUGGGCUACUCUGGCUCUGGAGGAUGAAUUAGGGGUUGGUAAUCAGGGAGGUGUCCAAAGCAGUUGUAAUUAAGGUUUUAGAGGACAAACAAGUUCUGGCUACCAUGGACUCCAUUGUUCCUCUUAGCACAGUUUGUUCCAUUUAGCAGUGUUUCAACAAUCUGUAUACAGAAACUACUCGUAUAGCCCCAACAUAUUAUUUAUAACACUGUAAACCUGCUGUAUUAAAUCUGGAUCAAGGAUCCACAGGAACACUGGUUACCAGAAGAGGCCGUCCUCUGCUACACAGAGUAUUUUAAUCCUUUGGGGGACAGUGUUACACCAUAAUCACAAACAGCAUAUUCCUUAGAAAGGGUUUUUUUUGGGGUUUUUUUGACGCAUACAAGACAAAGGACUGUUUGUGAAUCAGAAGCACCCAUGAUUUCAACAGAGCAUCUGAUUCAAAGCAGUACAAAUAUACAAACAGUUUCAACAGUCACACCAGUUACCUUAGCAACAGCACCACGUGGCACAGUUACUAGGCCAAACGCACACAACAAAUCAUACAGGGAAUUCCCGUACACACACAGCUGUUAUACCACACACUAAAUAACUAUUACUGUACCUUUUUUGGCGAAAUUAUACAAUUACCCACGCUAUAAUUCUCAGUAUUUAAAUUACCCGUCUAUAACACACCCUAGUAACAUUGUCUUUACAAACAGUAGUUAUAGUACGGUUAGCAUUGGUUAGAAUACAAUUUUAAAGUCACAGGUCAGUUAGUAGUAGUUAUGGUGUUAAACAUACAACAUAAACGACAGUUAUUAGUGAUUAUUUACAGUAUCAGUGAUUAUAAUACAUGGUUAUGGUACCGUGCGCUAUGAUACAGUUGCACACUAUUCACACUCUCGCUAGACGGCAGAGCUCACGCUACCCAGCAAGAUAUAAACUCUACUAUAAUAAAUUUUAACACAUUUACAGUUUCCCAACUAAUCUAUUGGACAGUACCUCGAGAGACUACCUAAAACUAUUUACAUCCGUUUUGGUUAGCCGUCGCUGCCCAAGCACCACAUAUAGCGAACUAGAGGGCGGAAUUUACAACAAUACCAUUUUAGUCUAUCUACUCUAUCAAUAGUCUAGUGGGUUCCAAAUUUACACGCCUUCCCACUUAGCCAAGAUAGGUUGAGAACUAGCAAACGUUAAUGUACACCAGAGUCUGCUUAGUCUCCUGGUCCCUCCGACCUAGCGAACGAAAUGUACACCCUAGAUACGCUAGUCUAGACAAGACACCGGUGUCCGGCUUGGGCUAUAUACAUUCAACCAAGACCCAGCCUGGCUCCAUACCAAGAUUAGACGGGCUGACUACAGGGCGUCUAAUUAUAAGCGGUGCGCCUUCGCUUCUUCCCUCCACUGGAGGGGGCCAAUUCCAUACACAAUUCCAAAUCAAACCCCUUAUGGGCCUACCGCACAAUCGGUAUCCAAUACCCCUAGUGGGUCCACCGUCUAAAACAGUAGUCGUCUUACCUCCUCGUUCCUGAACCUGAGUUCACACUCAUCGACGGGGACACCCCAGCACUUACUACGUAGAGGCCGAUGAUCUCCUGGACAACAGACCAGUGGCGCCGAGACGAAGGGAGGUCCACGCAGAAGUUCAGGGGUGCAGCCGUAGAGAACGUGGGCAAAGAUAGACCGUCUCACGCCUCUGCUUCCUAGCCACCAUUAACGACGAGCUUCCCGGCCAAUGCACCAAAGAUGUUACCGGGAAACUGACGGAGGCCAAGCACAGAGAGAUGGACACAGGUUUCUUCAGGAAGGAAGAGAUCUUUAUUCGAUUCACCGACCGGGACUCAGAGGGACUUAUGUCACCAAAAACAGCAAAGAUCUGAGCACUGAAUACAUAGAGUAGAUUCCUUAUAUAGCACUGUAGCUCCUCCCAUAAUUAGCUACGCCCACACAUACCCUUAACCUAAUCAAUGAAUAGAGUCUAAACUCAUCCAUCCGGUCUAACCACGUGGCUCAUCUGAAACAAAGGAGAGGGACGCGUAAUUCCAGUUCCUGCAUUCCUGCACAUGCUCAGUACAGUGAUGACAGUAUCUUAGCUACGUGUAACUAACUAACUGAUACUACAAACACAUGUACCUACAUAUGCCUUGUGGCAAUCUUGGCCUGCUAAACUUUUAUUUUACUGGAAUUACAUCACACCACCUUACCUGAGACGCCUCCGGGCUCUGAUGCUCUCUGGUGGCCCAGUGACAUUCUUUUACAGAAGCCGGAAGCUGCAGGGCUCAACAUUCAUUGGCUAAGAGCAUCAGCUGACUGCUCUCAGCCAAUGACUGUCAUUUUGCGCAACAAAUGACACUGCAGGAGUUAUACCUCCAGCAACUGAGGGGUUAUUGUCUGUAUGUGCAGCAUUUCACUAUGACUUCAGGCACAAUGAUCACUUCAAAGCACUGAAGUAGUCAUGGUGCUUGGAAAAACCCUUUAAUAAACAUUUUUCUAAAGGUCCGAAGUUGCACCCUGCAGGGUGUCAAUCAGACAACGGGAGCUCUUCCUGACUGUUUUGUACUAUAGCAAAAAGCGGAAGAUGACGUUUCUCUUGCUGACACAGUAAUUGCAUCAAAAUGCUUCUUUCUGAGAAAAAUUUGGAUUGACUGGUAGAUCAUCACCUGAGAUAAUCUCCCAGAGGCGGACUGGAGAAAGGCAAAAAGACUCUCUUGCCGCUGAGUUAGAAGUUAUUGCUUUAUUUCUCAGGUACUGGGGAGAAAAGAUGUCCCAGCAAAUUAACAACACACCAGUGUUAUGAAUAAAUGUAUUUAUUUAUAACGACAGUGUUGCGUUGUUUUGCUUGUUGUUUUCUUACUACACAAUUUUUCAUUUUUAUAUUAUAUUCCAUAAACAAGCCCAAUCUGUGUAAAUGUUUUUGUAAAAUGCAGCAUUGUUUCAACUUUUGUCACCUAUCUGAUUCUUUAUUCAUUUAACAUAUCUUGGUUUCAAUUUAUGUGGUAUUUUGUGUAUUUCAGAGCAUGGCAGCUCUUCCUCAAAACAACCUCCAGAAACAGCUGGAACUGUUCUCAAAGAGUACUGGGAACAAGCUUUCCCUCCAGAAGCCAAAACCAAGGUGGGUACAGGAAUCCCUCAAGCUUGUACACUGAUAGUGUUAUUUAAAAAAAAUAAGAAUUGUCAGGAAUUGAAAGUAAAUUUAGAAUUAACUUCAAAUUCACGACCCCAACAGUGAGUGAUAGAUGCAGGACUGUCGCCUACAAGUAUUUCAGCUUCAUAAAUCUUGAAUACAAUAUGUUCUUAUUCAAGCUUUAAUAAAGUUUUAAGUAAGAUUUAAAAAAACAAAACAAAACAUAUGGAUAAGCAGUUUUCACGCUGAUAUGCUGCAUCUUCAGACAUCUGCUCCUGUUGUAGGAUAGCCUUUAUGCACUUGAUAUUAACCUGUUUUUCCUUUAUUUUAGUGUGUUCACCUUUAAAAAGAAGACCUCUCCAGAUGGAUCGUUAUCAAAUAGCUUACUUCAGGCAAAGCAACAUACAGCCCUAAAGGAAAAGAAUGUAAAUGUGACACAGGUGAAUUCUCUAACACAGAAUCCCCCUGGUUUACAGAAGCUGAAGGAGCAAGGUGACACAAAUGGAUUCUUCACUCCAUCCUGCAUAAGGCGGCCCGAGCCUUUAUAUAAUCAUAUACCUCUGGAAAGUACACCUGUAAACGGUCAAUGCCUCCGACAAGAAGAAAAAGUUUCCAAGAAAAUAGACUGCAAUAGUUUGAAUCUGAGCAUAGAUGAAUGGGAUGAUAUUAUAGAUUUUGACACCUCUGUUUCUCCAAAGUCACACAUUGGGAAACUUGGCAAAUCAGCACAAAAAUACACCAAAGCUCAAGUUGUGAAUUGUCCUAUUAACAUUAAUUCUGGGUCAUUACAUACUGCAAAGGAUGACUCCACAAAAGUCUCUAGUACUUGUUCCACAGGACUUUCUCAAGCACCAAAGUCUUUACAUGCUGAAAAGUCAAAUACUAUAGACCAGUCACUGGUUUACUGUGGGUCUGUGAAAAAUAAAACAGGUCAGUGCCGCUUUUUAAUAACUGAGAAUGUUUGUUAGGUGAAAAUAAACUAGUCUGUGGUAUUUGUGCACAUUUAAGUGUUAUGAUUGGAUCCUAGAUCAACACCAGAUAAAUUUAGCAUAAUGAAGCAAUUUCUAUUUAUAGAUCUUGCUCAUUCAGUGCCACGGCUCAGUUGUCUGCCAUUUAGGAGUUAAAUAAUUUUUGUUUAUGAGGCGCUGCUCACACUUCAUCUGGCUGUGACCCACAGUCUUCAUGAAAAUAAAGAUUUACUUUUUAAAGAUAACUUGCAGCUUAGUGCAUGGGUCCUCAAACUCUGGCCCCCCAGAUGUUGCUGAACUACAAAUCCCAUAAUUCUUUGAAUUACAUAGAUAGCCAGAGAAUCAUGGGAGUUGUAGUUCAGCAACAUUGGGUUGGGGGGGGUGAGGGGGGAGUUUGAGGACCCAUGGUUUAGUGCAUGGGUCGUCAACCUGGUCCCUACCGCCCACUAGUGGGCGUUUUAGGAUUCCAGGUGGGCGGUAGGGAUUUCUGAGGCUAAAUCCUCUUUUUAAGAGGAUUUCUCCUUUUGGGCGGGCGCGAGCGGCUCUGCAUGCGCAAGUCUUCAGUGACCGGCAGGAGGAAGCGCUCCCUCCUGCCAGGCCACCUUCUGGACCCCCCGGCAUGGCAGCGUUCUAAUCAGUCGCGGCGAGGGAGCUCUAACCUCUCUGCUCUGCUCCCUCGCGCGAUGUUUGCUGAUGCCGCGGGAGCCGGAAUAUGAUGUCAUAUUCCGGCUCCCGGCAUCCGUAGACAGUCCGCGAGGGAGCAGAGCAGAGAGGUUAGAGCUCCCUCGCUGCGUCUGAUUAGCCGCCCGCCUAAGUGAAGCCCCACUGGACCCCAGGGACAGAUCCACACCAGCUCUCCAGGUAGGGAGGCUGGGUGGAUAUUUAAUAUUAAUAAUUUGUGUGUACAUGUGUUUGUCUCUAAGUGUAUGUGUGUGUGUCUGUAAGUGUAUGUGUGUGUGUCUGUAAGUGUAUGUGUGUGUGUCUGUAAGUGUAUGUGUGUGUCUGUGUCUGUAAGUGUAUGUGUGUGUCUGUGUCUGUAAGUGUAUGUGUCUGUCUGUAAGUGUAUGUGUCUGUCUGUAAGUGUAUGUGUCUGUCUGUAAGUGUAUGUGUGUGUGUCAGUAAGUGUGUGUGUGUCUGUGGGUCUGUCUGUGCAUGUGUGAGUGUCUGUAAGUGCAUGUGUGAGUAUGUGUAUAUUUGUGUGUAUGUGUUUCAAUGUGAGUGUGUGUGUGUGUGUGUAUGUGUUUGCCUGUGAGCAGAGUACUUGUAGAAUAGAAGAAAGAAGGUGCAGAGUACUUGUAGAAUAGGAGAAAGAAGGAGUAGAGUACUUCUAGUAUAGGGGAAAGAAGGAGUAGAGUACUUCUAGUAUAGGGGAAAGAAGGAGUAGAGUACUUCUAGUAUAGGGGAAAGAAGGAGUAGAGUACUUCUAGUAUAGAGGAAAGAAGGAGUAGAGUACUUGUAAAAAAGGAGAAGGAAAGAAAAGGAAAAGGAGAGAAUUGUUGUUGACUAAUAAUAGUAAGUGGGCUACCUAGCUCAGCCUUCCUACUGGGCAUUGCUAUAAGGAAGGUUAAAAAAUAGAAAAAAGGGGAAAAAGGUGGGAAGGGGAAUUGAGGAGGGAGAGGAGGGGAGCUGACGCACAGAUGAGAAAUCAUUUUAUGAGCAAACAAAGAAGUCUUCCGAUUAUCACUGAAAGAGGAGACCUUCGUUUGUUCCUUAUGAAAAUCGAACCAGAUAUCAAAUAUUUAGUCUCGCAGCAUCAACCUCAAGGAUCUCAUUAAUCACUAGUAAAGGUAAGUUCAAUUUACUUUAUUGCUUCCUCAUUAAACUUUAUAAAGUUAAAAACAUUAUAAACAUGCAUAAAGUAGAAAUAAAAAGAUAAAUGUACGUUCAUUUAUGUAUUUUUUAAAACACCCUCCUUUCUAAAAAAUAUUCCGCGCUUGCGCGAAAACUGGUGGGCGGUAAGGAAAUUUUUCCAUCAAGAAAGAUGCAUUAGUGGGCGGUAAGUGGAAAAAGGUUGACUACCACUGGUUUAGUGUGUGUACUUUUACAAUUUCAUUUCUCAUUCUCUAUUAAUUGAACCUAAAUAGCACACACAAUGCAGCUGCAAGUUUUAGCAUGCCAUUUCCAGAGCAUGAAAUUAGAACUUACAAAUUAAGCACCCUUUACAAUUAGCUAAACUUUUUAGCUGUUAGUGUCCCUUUAAACAUAACUUAAACUGAUGUAAAAAUCACUUUUGGAUAAGUUCAGUAUAUGUGUAAAGCUUAUAGAAUAUUCAUGUUCAGUUCCUGCUAAUAGUACAGAAACGAUCAAUUUGAAAGCAGUCGAUGGAAAUAUCAAUACAUUAGUAUCUGUGCAUCUUUUAAUCAUUCACCCUUCCUGUAUUCUUAAAGGGAUACUAUAGUGCCAGGAAUACAAAGCUGUAUUCCUGGCACUAUAGUUCCCUUUGCCCCCUCCCCCCUUCCCGUGCCAUGGUAAAUAACAUGUAAAAAACCCUUUAUUUACUUACCCGAUCACAGAGCCGAUGUCCAUUGGUGCUGGGUCGCGGUUCCGUUUCCUCCAACGUCGCUCCACGAGGGGGCGCUAAUGCCGCCUGAGUGCAUUAGGCCCUGCCCAUAGGAAAGCAUUGAAUCAAUGGGGAAAUAGCUGACGAUGGAUGUCCUCAUGCAGAGCGUGAGGACGUCCAGUGUCAGUUACUGGACAAAAAGUCUGGUAGCAUUCCGGAAGCGCCACCAGAGGUGUUUAAGCAGUAUCAAUAGUGUAAAACAAUAUGAAACCAUUGCUGGCCAUUGAAUUCUUAUAGUUUCAUACAUUAAGCUGAUAUGUCUAUUAAUAAAGAGUGUGAAAAAGUCAUGUUUUAAGAUUUUUAGACAUUUCUUUACCAGGUUAUAGCAACAUUUUGUCCUGGGACUUUAUUAAUGACUGACAUCUGAAAUGUGCCAUUUAUCAAGAUUGAUAAAGAUUCAUAAGGGUUAACACAUUGCCAUGUUUGUGAUAUUUUGAAACGAAAGUCUACCAAAAAUCCUGCACCAUUGUUAGUCUUAAUCCUUCAUCCUGGCUUCGUAAUAAAAGCUAUAUAGUGAUGUGCAAUUUAGUGAAACAUACUGUGGAUUCACUUGACAUCCUAUCCUCUAAAAGUAGUAAUUUUGUUAAUGUGUUCAUUUUCAGGAUGCUUGGAGCAUGAUCCCUCUACUGUUACAGAUGAGUGUAGUCCAGAGGAAUUGGCGCAAGUAUUUGUUGCAGAUGAUGAUUGCGAAGCUGAUGUUGUUCCACCAUCUCCCACACACACUCUUGUGUCAUCUCCCCCUGUUUGUAUUGGGUAAGCAAAUGAACAAGUUUAAAUAGCUCUAAUAAAACUAUGUGAGUUGAAAUGCUAUGAGCAUGUUUUCAAGCAUGAAUAACACAGCAGACACAUCGAGAAGGUGUAUUUGAAUCAUUAUCAUCCUUGGUAAAAUAUAUUACGGAGGUGUUUGAUUAUCUGAUAACUUUGCAAGUACUUUUAUGUGUAUGUAUAUUUUGUUUUCUGUUUUUCUCCCUUAGUACACUAAAGAAAAAGACAGUGUCUUCUGAUACUAUGCAUGUAGUAGAUCAACAGAAAGAACAUGGCCACAGCACUUUUCAAGGUAAGACAGGAAAUGGAUUACAUUCCCAGUGCUACUCCCCCAGAAAAAGAAAAGACAAGUGGUUCUUCAUUAACGUUUCCACUAUUUUGGUAGUUGCAAUAAUCGGACAUUUAUUAACAAAAAUGUAGUCUGCACAUGACAUUGAUAAAGAAGCUUUAAGUGACACUAUAGUCACCAGAACAACUGUAGCUUACUACAUUUUUUUUCUGGUGAGUAUAAUUAUUCCCUUUAGGCUUUUUGCUGUGAACACUGUCUUUUCAGAGAUAAUGUAGUAUUUACAUUACAGCCUAGGGAUAACUCCACUGGCCACUCCUCAUAUGGCUGCUAGAGGUGCUUCCCGGGGCAGUGCUGCACAGUGAGCAGCACUGCCAUUCAGUGUCUCCACCCUCUGCAUGCAGACACUGAACUUUUCUCACAGACAUUGAUUCAAUGCAUCUAUGAGGAGAUGCUAGUUGGCCAGGGCUAUGUUUGGCUUGUGCUGGCUCUGCCCGUGAUCUGCCUCCUUGACAGUCUCAGCCAAUCUAAUGGGGAAGCAUUGUGAUUGGCUCAGACCACCACUUCUGAUAAUGACAGCAGGCAGUUUCAGAGGCAGUCAGGGGCAGAGCCAGCAGCGGCAGACUUGAAUACAAGUAAGAUUUUACUAUUGUUUUUGUGAAGAGGAGGCCAGAGUGGCUAGAUGGUGACCCUAUAGUGUUCCUUUAUCUCCUGGAUACUGCUGAAGACCUUUCUGCUGAAGAAGUAGGCAUUAAUCAGAUUUUAUUAACAUAAUAACAUGAUGAGAUGUUUUUUGCCUCUCUUUCAGUUCGGCACAAUGUUUCUCCUCAACUCUGGGCUGUGAUGUUGGAGAUAUGUGACCUAGUUGAUACUAUUCCACUAUCAGAAAUGAGUGCUCUUUCUUGUGGAAAGAAUCUGCAGAAACAGAGGGAUAAACGGUGUGUAUAAUACAUUUUAUUGCCAAAAGUCAAAGUGACACAGCACAUGUUUUAAAGAUAACCUGUCAUGAAAAAAACAAAAAACUAAAUGAACUAAUUUAAAAGACCUUGUAAUUCCAUUUGGGGGUGGGGGGAGGGAACGAUUUUAAAACAUUUUUUCCCAUACUAUUUUAUUCUCGUGCAAUUUAUUUCUAAUUUUAUUUGUAUAAUAAAAACAAGAAUUAGGAAACAAUUUUGUUUUCAAAAUUUUGAAGUAUUUUUUAAAAAUUCCUAUUACUUAAUGAUUUAUUUUGUGAUACUUUUUCCCAGCAUCAUAACAUUUUCCUUUUUUUUUCUUACUCCUUUUAAUCAUAUACUUCUCAUUUCUACAGGAAACUUGUUUUGUCCUCAGCUGAUUCUGUUUUUAAAUCUCCUGCUGUAGAAAGCUCCUAUCCAUCAUCCCCAAAAUGUAAGGUAUCUUCAGACACUUCAGUUUCGUUGUCCAGUAUUCAUAAAGACAGUUCAUCAAAGGGAACAGUAGGGCAGCUAUUUAAGUUCUUUUCCACAAGCCAGCCAAGCAAAAACAAAGUUGGGCAAGUCAAUACUUCUCAUCCAAAGGAAUGUGAGACAUCCAUCUCCUUCCAAGCAGGAGAUGUCAGAACAAAGGAUUCCUUCAAAUUCCCAGAUUUUGAUCUCCGUGAUAACACAUGUAAGACACCAAUAAAUGAUAAACCGAGCAACAUUGGAACACGUGCAAGACCAGCCAUUUCUCCCUUACGACCACUAGACAAUUGUGAACUUGAUUUUGAUAUUGAUAACUUUGACAUUGAUGACUUUGAUGAAGAUGUCCUAUGCAUAGAAAGCUCAACAGCAACUCCUGCUGGUCAUGCUCUUGCCUCACAGCACCCUCCAAUAAAAAAGGCACAAGCAGAUACAAUAAACAAGCCUGGAACUUUAUCUGUAAAACCUUUGGACACACCUUCCCUCUCCAGACUUUCAGGUCAGUUUUCAGGUCUAGGUAUUCUAUAUUUCAUAUCAUUAUUUUAAUAACAGCAACAGCAGUGAUAUAAUUUAGUGGCAAGUACACCAACCAGAUGAAGGGAAACAUAAAAUGUUUGUUAAAAAAUAAUUUUGCCUUCAUUUUGUUUCUUUAGAAAGAAAUCAUAUUAACCUAUAUAUAUAUAUCUAUAUCUCAUGUAUAGGUUGUACUAGUAGAACUUCUAACAAAAGCACAGAUUUUCUUAAAAGAUGUGCCAAAUAGUGUAAAAUUGCAAUGUCUAUUGCUCAUGAUAUAAAUUAUGAGUAUCUCUGGAUCAUUUUGUGUGUGUAUAGUACACACAAAAGUACACUAAUAUUUUCUGUAGUUCAGUGUAAAUACACAAUCUGUUGAAUUGUUGUUGGUAUCAUCGUAGAAGAAAUCAAAAGCAUUAGGCUUUGUUUUUUUUUCCCUCCACUUCCAUACUAGCCCGCUUAACAGAUGGAUGAUAUCUAUUUAUGGAUAAUUUUAUUUAAAGAGUGUAUUGUGCGUAUAAUCUAACAAAUCCUAGUACAAUUGUGCUAUAGCCACUAUAAAUGCAAUUUGCAUCUGAUGUUUCUAAUUGAUAGAUCGGGUAGUGAUAAUGAAUAGCUCUCUCUCUUAAAUUGUGAGCUUUCAUAAUUUACCCCUAAUGAAGGGUAAUGUAACAUCUGACACGCUCCCCACCUUCCCCAUUUUUCAAACGGCGUGACACUUACCUGGGUCACCUGAGUGCCAUUUGUCUGGCCUCUCCUAAUAUGACUAAAUCGAAGUUCCCCAUCUGCAAAAGAUAUAUCAAUAUUGAUUUAUUUUGGACAGCAAUCCUUGCCUGAGAGUAUCUGCUGAGUGAUUUAAACUUAAUCUGGUGAUAGAUCAUGAUGAAAUCAUUGCAAGGUACACUAUGUAUUUCCAAUAGUAUAUAACCAAAUCAGUUUUACAUAUGCCCCUCUCUUCUACACUCUCCCCUUCUCUCAUCUCAUGCCUUGCACUCAUUUUUCUACUCUCUCACUCCUACACACAAUCGAUCUCAUCCUAGACCCCAUACAUACAAAACCCAUUUACAUCUCCUGUCACUUUCUCUCCUCCUGCUUAUAGCAGCUGGUGAUAUCUCUCCCAAUCCAGGGCCCUUCACCUUCUCUCCACAUACUAAGAAAACCAGAAACCCCACAAACCUCAUCACAAUACCCUGCCCUUUGCCCUCACUUACCAACAUUCAGUGUGCACUCUGGAACUCCCUGUGUCUGCAGUCCCGUUUUUUGCUCUCCGUAAGUUUAAAGGGUAAUGCAGACGUGGACUCCUUGCUCACGGUGCCUAGAGAGAUAUCAGCUAUGCCUCACUGAUGAUGCCUAACAAGGCUGAAACGAUCGUCUGGGGUUGCUGUAUCUCUCUUGCAGAGAGAACUUGCUGGCAUUUCGGAUCUGGACUGCCCGUAUGGGUGGGACCAGUCUGAUAUGCUUCAGAUAUGUUCUCUCUGUAAGAUGAGCUAAAACCAGCUUGAGUUCUGAGCGGGGACCCACUGAAGGGCAGGCUAUUUUAGCUGCUGUCCGUUGUCAGAAUACUCUUGCGACCCGUUUUUUGCUCUCCAAAAUCAACAGCCAUACACGACUUUUUCAUCUCAAACUCGCACUAUUUGCACUUACAGAGACAUGGCUGUCCCCCUCUGAUAGCGCUACGCCUGCCUCUUUAUAUUUUGUUGGGUUACAAUUCUCUCACACUCCCAGACUCAACUGUAAAGGAGGUGGUGUAGGCAUCCUUCUCUUCCAUCAAUGUACAUUUCAACCAAUCAUAACUGCCUCUGCCCUGAAGUUUACACUGUCUGCCUAUUUAAAUCCACUUCUUUAAGAAUUGCUAUCAUCUACUGCUCCCUGGUCAUCCUAGGCUAUUUAUUGAGCACUUUUUUUCCCUGGUUUCCCCACUUCCUCUUAUCUAGCACUCCUUCCCUUAUACUUGGGGAUUUAAAUAUCCCAACUGCACUGAUUCCUCUCGUCUGCUCUCUGUAACCUCCACCUUUGGCCUCACGCAAUGUUCCAAUUUAGCAACCCAUAUAGCGGGAAACACUCCAAUCUCUGUACUGCCUCUAAUCUCUCCAAUAUUAAUUUUUCUGUAUUUGAUCACCAUCUGCUGACUUCUAGCAUCGGCAUACCCAAGACCCAAUUGACACCACCGUCUGAACAUCAAUCUCACAGAAACCUCCAAUGUCUUGACCUAGAGCUUUUUUCCACCAAUCUCCAAACUCUCCUUUUACCUAUCUCAAACAUCACCUGUCCUAGCUCUGCAACCUCCUUCUACAAUUCCACCCUCUCCUGUCAACUAGACAUCAUGGCACCUCCUACAUUUAAACUCAGCAAGUGCCCCCAACAACAACCUUGGCACACCAAGCUGACUCGAUACCUCCAAAAAUGCUCCAGAACUGCUGAACGCUAUUGGAGAAAGUCUCACUGUGCAUCUGACUUUCUUCACUAUAAAUUUAUGCUGUGCUCAUACAGCUUGGCUCUUUCCUCUGCAAAAGUAAAUUACUUCAAUACCCACUUCACUGACAUGAUCUCUACAAUCAGGAUCAAGAGAUCUCUUAUCUUUCUUCUUCCUCUAACCUCACUCCCUCUGCUGUUCUAUGUUCAUUCGCACCCGCUACAGCGGAAGAGGUUUCUGCUCUGCUCCAGUCCUCCCGCCCCACCAUCUGCUCUCUAGAUCCAAUUCCCUCGCAUCUCAUCCAUACUCUGUCUUCUUCUCUUUCUCUACCUUUCACUAAAAUUCUCAAUCUCUCUCUCUCCUCUGGCAUAUUUCCAUCGCCCUUCAAACAUGCAACUGUAACCCCAAUUCUAAAGAAGCCCAACCUUGACCCUAACUCCCCGUCCAACUACCGUCCUAUCUCGCUACUGCAUUUUGCGUCCAAGAUCCUUGCAAGAGUUGUGUAUGCAAGAUUGACAUAUUUUCUCAAGUCCAUCUCUCUGCUAGACCCGCUUCAGUCUGGUUUCCGUGCUAAGCACUCUGUGGAAACGGCACUGACCAAAGUAUCCAAUGAUCUACUCGCUGCAAUAUCUCGUGGUCACUACUCUUUCCUAAUUCUCCUUGACCUUUCUGCGCCUUUUGACACUGUUGAUCAUCAACAACUUCUUCUCAUUCUCUGCAAUAUCGGUCUACAAGAUAUUGCUCUCUCCUGGUGCUCCUCCUACCUCUCCCAGCGCUCUUUCAGUUUCCUUCUCUGGCUCUGCUUCUUCUCCCCAACUCCUCUCUGUUGGUGUCACCCAAGAUUCAGUCCUUGGUCCCCUACAGUUCUCUAUCUAUACUGCCUCCCUUGGUAAACUCAUUAGCUCCUUUGACUUCCAAUAUAAUUUCUAUGCGGAUGACACGCAAAUCUGUCUGUCCUCUCCUGAUCUCUCCCUGUCCCUCUUGACUAGUGUCUCUGACUUCCUAUUUGCUAUUUAUAACUGGAUGGCUGCCAACUUCCUUAAACUUAACUUGACCAAAACUGAAAUUCUGGUCUUUCCUCCCUCAAGUGUUGCUACUCCUGUAUCUGUCUCCCCCCCAAGUCAACGGUGCUACCAUCAGCUCCACCACACAAGCUCGCUGCCUAGGUGUUCUCUUUGACUUCGACCUCUCCUUCACGCCUCAUGUUCAGUCUAUCGCCAAAUCCUGCCGCUUCCAUCUCAAAAACAUUGUGCGCAUCAGGCCUUACUUAACGCCAGAUGCUAUUACAGUGCUGGUCCAUUCCACUGUCCUUUCUCGCCUUGAUUACUGUAAUCCGCUUCUCAGUGGUCUUACGUUCUCCCAACUUGCGCUGUUACAGUCCAUAAUGAAUGCGGCGGCUAGGCUUGUUUUCCUGUCCACCCGCACUUGCCAUGCCUCACCCUUCUGUCAGUCCCUACAUUAGCUUACUGUAAGAUAUAUAUUUAAAAUUCUGUUUCUUGCUUUCAAAUCUCUACAUAACGCUGCUCACACCUGUCUAUCCUCACUGAUACACAAGUAUGUCCCGUCUAGGCCCUUACGCUCUACUGAAGACUUAUGCAUAUCUUCUAUCCGUACUCCCACCUCUGAUGCUCGCCUUCAAGACUUCUCGAGGGCUGCACCGUUCAUGUGGAACUCACUACCCUCUUCUGUUAGCUGCUCACCCAGUCUCCACUCCUUCAAAAAAUCAUUUAAAACCCACUUCUUCAUAAAAGUGUAUCAAUUAAACUGUUAAUAGCUCCUGACUGAUUCCUCUUUUGCAACUGUCAUUAGUCUAAUACUAUCCUUACCUUUUGUGUUUCUUUACCCCACUCACUCUAGCAUGUAAGCUUGUUGAGCAGGGCCCUCAAACCCUCUAUUCCUGUGUGUCCAACUUAUCUGGUUACAACUACAUGUUUGUUCGUCCACCCAGUGUAAAGCGCUGCGGAAUUUGUUGGCGCUAUAUAAAUAAUAAAAUAAAUAAACUAAUGUUAAACUAAUCUGAAAAUAUAUUAUUCUAUCUUAAAAUAACAGCCAGCAAUAAUGAGUCUUUAGGUUUAACAAUCAUGAUUUAAAUCAAGUCUUACUGACUAGUGAUUUAAAUUGACUUGAUUUUAAUCAAAUCCACCCUGUACACUCAUCAUGCAAAACCAAAGACAGGCCAUAAUUUGACCAUAAAGUACAACUACUGGUUCACAAAAGGCUUGUACAAAACCACAGAACGUGUAACUUGGCAUGACUAGUGAACGCCUUCAACUGCCUAUUUAUUACCACUCUUUUCCUCAGUACAAAAGAAAUUGCAUUUGAAGUGAUGCAAGUAACAAUAACACUGGUAAACAUUUGUCUGAUGGAUGUUUCCAGCAAGAUACUGCCAUUGUCACAAGGCUAAGAUGUCUGAAAAUUGACAUCUAUGACUGCAAAUUCAGCUUGCUGCACUGAACUGCCCUGUAACUAAAUUUCAGUCUAAUCAAGGUUUUGUGACAUGAGGUAAUUUUUUUUAUAGCUCUGUUUUUUCUAAUCUGCUUUAGGUAAGUUGGCAGCUAUAACUGCCCAACUUACUCAAAUACAUCUUAUUGAUCAUGGAAGAAUAAGUGACUGAGUCAGUAAUUUCAAGAAUUAAACCUUCACCCAAGAGGUUUGAACUGGCAAAAUUAGAAUAGUGGUUAAUCACCAUCCAAUUUGGCACAGAUGAGGGAAGCCCUGAAAUGGAGAUCGGCCAGCAUCAUUGUGGAAUGCUUUGAAUGAUUUAUUUGAGUGCAGAUAAAGCUUUUCUAAGGGGUUGCUAUUUAUAUCUGUAAUUGCCAAUAAGAGUUGUAAUAAACGGUCUAAUAUAUUUGUCUGUACUCUAGUAGGAUCUUAAGCAGUAGCUCUACGCAUAAUGCAACUCUAGCUUGUUACACUAGAAUGCAAAUAAAUACAGAGAAUGUGAUUCCUUCAUUUAAUUUGCAUAUAAAUAUACAGAAAUAUUUCUUCCAUAGGGGUAAAAUAUAUGUCGCCUGAGGUGCUAUUGUGAUUUACACUUAGGCUAACAAUUAGCAUGUUGUGAUUUAAUCUUUUCAUUAGAUUCUCUACUAAAGACAGAAGUGAAGAACUCUGCUCAUGAACGUUUUAAAGGAUUCAACUUUCCUCAUUCCAAGGAAAUGAUGAAGAUUUUCCACAAGAAAUUUGGGUUGCAUCGUUUCCGUACUAACCAGCUUGAGGCCAUCAAUGCGUGUUUGUGUGGAGAGGAUUGCUUUAUUCUUAUGCCGACAGGUAAGCAAUCUUCUACAUGUCAAAACUGUUCUGAUGUCUCUCACAAAAGAAUAGUGAAUACUUUGGUCAUUCUGCUGUAUGGUAUAUUGGCUGUGCCUAAAUUAAAUAGAUACUAUAGUCACCAGAAAAACUACAGCUUAAUGUAGAUGUUCUGAUGAGUAUAGUCAGUCCUGACAGGCCUUUUGUUGUAAGCACUGUUUCUUCAGAGAAAAUGCAGUGUUUACAUUACAGCCUAGAAACACACCUAGUGGCCACUCCUCAGACGGUCACUAGAGGUGCUUCCUGGAGCAGUACUGCACCACUAACAUUGGGGGCAGAGCCUGCACUGGCUGACCUUCGCAGCUUUGGAAAUAAGGUGUGUUUUUCUAUAUUUAAGCGGGGACCUAAAUAGUUAUUUUAACACUAUAGGGUCAGGAAUACACGCUUCUGUUCCAAACUCUAUAGUGUUCCUUUAAUGAGUAAAAUACAUUUAUUUGUACUUGUUGUAAUUUUUAAUUUUCUUAAUAUAAUCCAUGGCAUCAUAUACAGCUGGGUUCCUACUUAAUUUAUUUCAGUUAUGGCUGGAAAGGAAAUAUUUAACUCACCUCCCUGUGGUUUUCAUUCUACUUUCUUAAUCUCCAAAAACACAUGCACAUUUCCUCUUAUUACUGGCUACCAAUAGUAGCAUAUUCAAUUUGGUGGUACCGCAGCAACAAACAAUAAAGCAGGAAAUAGGAGAUAAGGCAAAUAGAACACUGGAGAUUGUUUCAAAUAAUAUAUAGACAGAAUCUAAAGCACACAGAAAGCAACUAAUGGUAUGCAAUCAAAUUUCAGGACAUUAAAGCAUGUCUUCUUAUAGAGACUGAACAGGGAGCAACUGAUCUACCUAUGAUUCUAAGAUUCAUGGUAGAAGGCUGAAUGCACAAUCAAAUGCAGGGCUGCCUUAAGGGAAUUUGUGCCUGGCAGCGGUGUAUCUCUACCAGUAGGAGAGCCAGACUGGACCACACAGCAAUGCCUUACCAGGACUGGCUGCAGCUCACUGGUGACAACUGCUCCUCCUGAUGCUCUGGUCUAAUCAUAACCUGGCAGCCAACAUGCUGUUAAUGGACAGAAAUAGUUUGGGACAUGCAUUGUGUCCAGGGUAUGUGUGUAUCACAACCACACACAGCCAGCACACACAACAAACACGUCACAUACAGCCAGCACAAACCACAAACACUAAUAUGCAGUCAGCACACACGAUACACAUUCAACACACACACUUUGAAACAGGGGGAGACUAUGGGAGGACUGUGCGUGAGACACUAGGGUUAGUCACAAGUCUCAGAAUUUAUGCACAUGGAAACUGAGGCAAAAAUAGCUGUUUUGUGACUCUAGCAGAGAUACAUUUUCCACAUCAUAAAGCUCAGAAGUCAGAAAAAAGCCCUGUCAUUGCACCAGGCUCUUGGCAGGGGCUCCACUCUUUAAAUUGAAAUUAUUUUGUGUCAGGAUAACUAAAUUGUAAUGACAGGCAAGUAGCUUGGGCUACCACUUUAGUAUUUGGAAAAAUAAGAUCUUGGCCUGUUAAAGAAGGCUCCUUUCACCUGCUGUUGAAUAGCACAGCAAAUCCCCCACCCCAUGUGAGGGGAUCAUUCUAUAGAAUUUUAUCAUAGUCUAAAGGGAAGCGUAUGCCUUGCUCACUGUAAGUAUAGAUAUUUCAACUGUACCUCUCUGAAGCCUAUGAGGGGCUGAAACAAUUGUCUAAAGUAUCCGUAUGUCUCAUGCCAAGUAGACCUAUCUGACAUCUGCUUUGUUAGAAUGUUGAUAAUUUUUUUUUACAAAAACAGCAUUUGAAUGAGCUCCUGACUUUCUAACCAGCAAUGCACAGAGUUUUUGACUAUCAUGUGACACGCUGUCCUUAUUCCAGGUGGUGGGAAGAGUCUAUGUUACCAGCUGCCAGGCUGUGUAUCCCCUGGAGUUACCAUAGUGAUCUCCCCCCUCCGUUCACUGAUAGUGGAUCAGGUUCAAAAACUAACCUCUCUGGAUGUAAGUAAUGUCAUUCUAUACAAAGUUCAUAUGUAUACACUGAUCAGACACAACAUUAAAACUACUGACAUGUGAAUUGAAUAACAUUGGUUAUAUCAUUAUAAAGGCACCUGUCAAGAUGUGGGAUAUAUUAGGCAGCAAGUGAACAGUCAUUUAUUGAAUGUCAUGUUUUGGAAGUAGAAAAAUGGGCAAGCGAAAAGAUCUGAGUGACUAUGACAAGGACCAAAUAGUGAUGGCUAGACUACUAGAUCAGAUCAUCUCCAAAAUAGCAAGUCUUGUGGAAUGUACCUGGUAUGCAGUGGUUAGUACCUAGCAAAAGUGGUUCAAGAAAGGACAACUGGUGAACCAGUGGCAGGGUCAUGGGCACACAAGGUUUACUAAUGCACAUUAAGAGAAAAGGCUAGCCCAUCUGGUCCCAUCACACAGAAGAGCUACUAUAGCUCAAACUGCUCUGAAAAGCAGCACUGUCAUGGACGAAUUCAGUUGUUUUUUAACCCCACUCCCGACUCAACUUCAUCUAAUUGUCCCCCUACUCACUCCGAAAUGCCUCUAGUCCCCCCAUAUUACAUAUUUUUUUUAUCUUCAUUUCAUGCCCAGACCUAGGUCCUGGGCGCCGCCAUCUUUGUGUGGACAGAUGAAGUCCCUGUGGGACACAUCAUCUGCCCACACUAGAUAGUGCAGUGAAAUUUCCGUGCAUGCCCUGUUAAACACAUGGGCAUUCGCUAUUGUCCGAAUAUUGGUGUUCGUUUAUUUGUUCGCUCAGUUUAUUGCAAGGAGGGAACUACCGGCGCAACUCCAUCCUUGUAAUAUGUAAAAAUAGAAGGGGCAACAACUGAUCAACCUUUUGUUCACCUGUGGUUUAGAGCACUGGCGUCUAACUUUGGCCCUAUAGAUUGUUGCUGGGCUACAACUCUCUUAAUUCUCUGCAAGUGUUCUCAGAAACUUCAUGGCCUUGUCACGAUAUUUGAUGUAAAUACAUGAAGAUGGGGUAUAGUAUAAAUUGUGCUCAUACUUGAUGUUGGCAUUUGAACUCCAAAGCUAAAGAUAAUUUUUCUUUUGUAGAUUCCUGCUACGUAUCUCACAGGGGAUAAGACGGACGCAGAAGCUGCUAGCAUUUACUUGCAACUUUCUAAGAAAGAUCCCAUUAUAAAACUUUUAUAUGUUACCCCAGAGAAGGUAAUUAUGUGUCUAAUAUCUUGCAGUGAGCAGCAUGGCGUCUUGCAGGGAUGGUUUACAUGUCCCUUAUUUGUCUGAUGUUUUCUUUGGGUUCAUAGGUAUGUGCAAGCACAAGACUUAUCUCUACAAUGCAAAAUCUAUACGAGCGUCAGUUGCUGUCCCGUUUUGUCAUUGAUGAGGCUCAUUGUGUCAGUCAGGUAAGUCUAGUGUAGAGUCCUAUAUUGUGAAUUCACUUUCUACAUUAUCGGCUGCUUUUAUUUGUAAUAUUGAUUCCUUGUGUCUUAGUGGGGACAUGACUUCCGCCCGGACUACAAGCGACUAAAUAUGUUAAGGCAGAAAUUCCCUUCCACGGCAAUAAUGGCUCUUACAGCCACUGCCAAUCCCCGGGUACAGAAGGAUAUCCUGAACCAGUUAAAGAUGACCAGGCCUCAGAUGUAAGUGGGACCUUGUUACUGUGCAAAUAACUAUGUAACCAAAUAAAGUUUAAUUUUAAAAAAUCCACAUGGAUUAUACAGGACUUUUUUCAAGGUAGUGAAAUGGGAGUCAUAGCUUCACUUGGACCAAUUAAAAUACUAUUGUAGAAUGAUAUACUAAGACAGAGCUUGAUGGGAGCCAGAUAAAAAAAAGUUAGGAGCAAGGUUUGUUUAAGAAAAGCUAGAAAAGCUUUGUUUUCAGCAACAAAAUUACAAUUUUUAAAGGGACACUAUAGUCACCAGGACCACUACAGCUAAAUGUAGUGGUUGUGGUAUCUAUAGCCUGUUCCUGUAGGCUUUUCAGUAUAAACACUGCCUUUGCAGAGAAAAGUCAGUAUUUACAUUGCUGCCUAGUAACACCUCUGAUGACAUUCACUCAGACAGCCACUUGGAGUUGCUGAAUAUUCCCCACAGUGAUACAUUGAUUUAAUGCAUCUCUAUGAGGAGAUGCUGAUUAGUGCAGCAUGGCAUUUUGCAGUGCAUGCACCAUAGCCUCCCAAUGCUUUCCUAUAUGAAAUUUUGGAUUAGCUGAGAUUAUGGAACCAUGGAGACGAGGCCAGAUGCUACAAGACAGACACUUUUCCCAUGCGAUCGGAGGGAGGCUGGUCACCUAAACAGAAACGCUGACAUUGAUACAGACAGACAGAUCACACACACACACACACACACUAUAUAUAUAUAUAUAUAUAUAUAUAUAUAUAUAUAUAUAUAUAUAUAUUUUAAAUUUAUGCCCACCUUUGGGAGCGCUAGAGUGGAGUCCAGAGUGUCUGCUGUCAUAUUAAAGAUCUUCUUGCUCUGCUAAUUAACACGCUUAGUGAUGCCAGGGCCUAAUUGACAUAAUAUCCCGGCAUCACUGCAGGGCGCGAGAGGGAGCAGAGCAGGAAGAUCACUGUUACCCUGCUGCUCAUCUGCAUGCUCCCUCGGUCAGCUGCCUUCAUUCUCUCAGAGCCGGCCAUCUGCCUUCAUUCUCUACCAGCUGCCCUCCUCGUAGGGAACGGUUUCACAAACCCCAGGCACAUGGACAGAAUUCUUUUAAGUUAACAUUAUUCCAAAAAUAAAAAAUAUUAAAAAUAAUAUAUAGUCAUAUAUCACCAACAGUAUUAUACAAAUUUGAAAGAAAACACAAAAAGAAAUGGGAGAUUACAUAUGAAGUAAUUUGACUACACACCAGUAAUCUGAUGGCCAUUUUUUCUGUUCCACUUACAUUUGGGGAUAAGUGAAAAGUCUGCUUUUUAAAUAUAAAUACCAGUGAUUGUAAUGUAAGCAAUGCUGACUAGUACUUGUAAUCAAACCUUUUUUUAAAUUACUUAAAGUAAAGCGCUUUACUGUCAACAUUUCCAAGUAAAUUACAAAAGAUGAGACUUGUAUAUGGUAAUUGAUAUUUUCUGAGAAAAUAGAAUUUAAAAGCUGUUUAAAAUAAAUUUCAAGUUUUAGGCAGAAACGGGAGCAAUGCUGACUAAAUGUUGUCAAUUCAGUUGCUGUGGUCAACAUUUCCAAUAUUUGGCCAGCUAAACAGCUGUGUGAGCAUUAAUAAAAUUCUCAACAAUGGCGGCAGAUUAUGCCAAAGGUUAUGCAUUAGUGACUCAGAGCGUAAAUGAGCCGUCCUCGUUUCCGGAUUUCAAGUAUGUGUGUGUUUGUUUUUCUUCUAGAUUUUCAAUGAGCUUUAACAGGGACAAUCUUAAAUAUGAAGUCUUGCCCAAAAAACCUAAGAAGGUGGCUCAGGACUGUGUAGAAUGGAUCAAGAAAUACCAUCCCAGUGAGUGACUGUGACUUAAGUCCUAUAGUGUAUUUUGGCUACUUUGGUUUGUGGCAGAUGAAAUAUGCAAAGUACUGUAAUAUUAUGUAAUACUGAAUGGAUUUCCAUAAUAUCAAAAUGCCUUGUUUUGGCAAGGAAGAUAUUUGUUUUUAUUGUUCUUAUGGAAAUAAUAAAAGUUGUAUACAAGGGAAGUAAUAAUGGCUUUCUAUGCUUAUUUUGUGUAGAUGAGUCUGGAAUAAUUUAUUGCCUGUCACGAAAUGAGUGUGAUACUAUGGCUGACACCUUGCAAAAGGAAGGUUUGGCAGCCCUGGCAUAUCACGCUGGUCUCCAGAACCCGGACAGAGACUAUGUGCAGCAUAAGUGGAUUAAUCAGGAUGACUGUAAGGUGGGUUUUUGGAAGGAAUUCUGAUAUCCAUACUGAAAACAAAGUAUAACAACUAGAAAUGAUUACAUUGUGCAUUAAUGACAAGUUUUAAGUUAAAUCACUUUACAUAUAUUAUAGUUAAUGUAGGUAGGUAUCCUGUAAGCAGUUGAGUCUGAAAGAAUUGUGACUACCCACACAGUCACAAAACAAACCUCGUAGCGUUCCAUUCCUCCCUCCUAUACUAUAUUUCGUUAGGGAGGAAUGAUGUGCAAUAAUAAUCCUGGAGUUAUAUGAUGUGUUUCUCUUAGUGGCCGGGCAUCAGUGCUUUUUAUGGUUUUUAGUUACUUACUUUUAUAUUUAUUAGUGAGAUUACACUUUUGAUUACUAUAGCUACCUAUAAGAUUAGUUUCCAUACUGGAUGCUGCAGUGUCUGCUGUGUCUCCCCUGUCAUGGAAGCCAUCCCAGGUACUAUCCUUAUGAACUGAUAGCCCUGCCUUCUGAUACAGAAACUUGACAUUUGUUCAUGGUCAAUUCAAUCAGGCCUGUAUAUAGCCUGGUACGUUAUAAAGUAGGCACAUUAUAAUGUUCAAGUUGACCUUCUGCUAGGAAUUAUUGCACCCCCAUUACUGACAUAAACAAAUAUAUUUGUCGGAGACGUAUUUAACAUCCUCAAUAAUGUAUCAUGUUUCACCGGCAGGUGAUCUGUGCAACUAUUGCCUUUGGAAUGGGUAUUGAUAAGCCAGAUGUACGAUAUGUCAUUCAUGCCUCCCUACCCAAGUCUGUGGAAGGAUAUUAUCAGGAGUCUGGAAGAGCUGGCCGAGACGGAGAGAUGUCCCAUUGCCUUCUGUUUUACAGCUACAAUGAUGUUACACGGAUACGCCGAAUGAUACAGAGUGAAUAAAAUAAGCUUCCUUUCAUUAUGACCUGACUAUGCUUAUUAUUUGUAUCCAAUUGUUUCCUGUUAAAAUAUUGCAGAUUCUUAGUGAAAAUAUAUGAUGAUGUGUUGGUGCAGAGUUUUGUGUAUUAUAAUGUAUAAAUAUAAUUUGCCUAUACAGCAUAUCACAUCUCUUACCAUUAUUAGACACUUGUAGGUUGAGCUUAUUUACACGUUGCCUCUUUGCAGGAUAUAGUCAGUGAAUUUAAAGAGUCAUCAGUGUCUCUGCACAUUGGCUUGAGGAGUUUAAAGCCAAUCUGGAUAAAAUAGUUUAUUUUAUGGUACGUGUCUUGAUAAUACAAAUGUGAAAUAAAACGAAGCAUUACUGAACCCUUUUAAUUACACGUUAGAACAUUUUUAAGUCUGUAUAAUAAGUGUUGUAUGAAUUGUUUAUAUAACAUUUCUCACAGUUCCUUUCUAAUCACUCAGUUGUGCAUGCCUAUGGUGGGUGAUGUAUUAUUUCUCAUUUAUUAACAGUGGAGAAGGAUGGAAACAGCCAAACAAAGCAGACCCAUUUUAACAAUCUGUACAGCAUGGUGCAUUAUUGUGAGAAUGUGCAGGAGUGUCGGAGGCUGCAGCUUUUAGCUUACUUUGGAGAAACCAGCUUCAAUCCAAACUUCUGUAAAGAGCACCCAAGGGUGGCAUGUGACAACUGCAGCAUGGCAAAGGUAAAACACAAGCGUUUUGACAGUGUCACUUUCAUAAACAUUUUAUCCAAGAUAUAGUUACAUAAAGAUGUUCCUACUUCCAUCAUGGCUUUGCUGUGUUUACAUCUGCAAAUAGAUAGAACAUGGCAUAUCCAGCUGCUCCACCCACAGGCUGGAUUUAUGUGCUUACUAAUUGUUUAAUGCCAUAUGUGUCAUUUAGGGUCAGGUAGCUGCACGCUUGGUUGAUGUAAAGAUUAAACACAGGAACAACAAAUUUUGUUGCGAAUAUAAUCGAGUCUAUGGGGGAGAUUUAUCAAAGUGUUCUGCUCUAAGAUGGUUAUGUAACCAUGGAACCCAGUGGAAUCAGCAGGCACAUUUCAACAGGACUCCUCCCUUUAACAUUUUUGCACCACUUUGAUAACUCUCCACCUAUGUGUUUUAAUGCAAUAUGGUUAACAUUACUGUUCUGUAUAAAGUUCCACUGUAUAUUUGUUUUUCUUCUUCAGUUGAAUAAAUGCUUCAAAUAUGUCACUCUUGAGAGUUUAACAGUUAUUUUAACUUUGAAAAAACACAUGUACUUAUAAUUUUCAACCCUGCAAAGAAACACCUAGAGUGUCAUUUUUGUUCUAUACAUAAUAUUGAGGAAUGGACAUUAAUUAUUCAAAGCAUCUGGAGAAAUAACAGGUGAAAAUUGCUAGCAUUAAUUUUACUAUUUUGCAUUUUUUACUUUGCUUGUAAGAUUUUAUUUUAACAAAAGGAGUGGUUUUGAAUAAUACAAUUUCAAAUAUGCAUUGCAUUCAUUCUAUUUCUUUAACAGAAUGUAUUAUAUAAGUUCACCGAAGUUGGCUUUGACAUCUACUCCUUUGAAAAUGACCAGUUCACUUUUAUAUACAUUUUAGUAGAAUUUAAAAUGAAACUAUAGUGGUAGGAAAACAGUUCUUUUCCUGAUACUACAGCUCCCUAUAGUGCCUUCCUCUCUGUAGUGCAGAAGGGGUUAACAAUGGCUGUGCUUACAUUAGGACUUUCCCAUAGGAAAGCAUUAUAGGGGGUUGCGUGUAAUGCUGGAUGUCCUUAAGCAGAGAAUGAGAACCUUCAGCCUCCGUUAGGCAACCAAAAGUUGCCUAACGAUCCGGAAGUCCCUCUAGUGGCCGUCUGGUUGAGAGCCACAAGAAGUAAAGUUAACCCACAAAUGUAAUUAUUGCAUUUUAUUGAAAACCGCAAAAAUUAUCUUUGUAGGGUUAAGGGACCUGGGACACUGCACCCAGACCACUUCAAUGAGCUGCAGUGGUCUGGGUGCCUAUAGUGUCCCUUUAAGUGCAAAUAUUUCUAUAAGUGUUUUGGUCUUAUUUGUGGGGAGGGGGUGUGUUGUGUUUCUUGUCUUCCCCACUUAUUGUAUUUAUUUUAUUAAAACAUUUUUUGUCUCUUCUUGUGCUGUUCAGGAAUACAAAUCCAGAGAUGUGUCAGAAGAUGUAAAGCCCAUUAUCAGGUUUGUCCAAACUCACUGCUCCUCUCUACAAGGUAGAGGCAGGAAUGCUACCAACCGCUUGACCCUCAACAUGAUGGUGGAUAUAUUUCUUGGUAAGUAACAUAGAGUAAAGACAAUGGUGAGCCACUUUUCAAAGGUUAUGAAUACUAGAAGCAUUGAUUUCCGUAGCCAAAAUAGGCGUAUUAUUACGAUCCUUUUCAUUUAGGGUUAUACAUGAGAAAUGCAAAGUUAUGCACUUCGGGGCUAAGAAUGCACAAGCAAUUUACACCCUAAAUGGUAAUGAACUAGGGAUAACCACACACAAGAAGGAUUUGGGAAUUGUUAUAGGCAGCAGUAUGCAAUGUCAAUCUGCAGUUGCUAAGGCCAGUAAGGUUUUGUCAUGUAUAAAUAGGGGCAUAAAUUCUUGGGAUGAAAAUAUAAGUUUGCCUCUUUAUAAAUCGCUGGUAAGACCACACCUUGAAUAACUGUGCAAUUUUGGGCACCUUUUCUAAAGAAAGAUAUCAUGGCACUAAAAAAAGUGCAGAGACGAGCUACAAAAUUGAUAAAAGGAAUGGGGCAUUUUAGUUACGAAGAAAGGUUAAAAAAUUGAAAUCUGUUUAGUUUGGAAAAACGGCGCCUGAGAGGGGAUAUGAUAAGAUUAUACAAAUAUAUUCAGGGCCAGUACAAACCAUUAUCUGGAAAUCUAUUCAUAAACAGGGCUAUACAUAGGACACACGGUCACACAUUUAGGCUGGAGGAAAGAAGAUUUCAUCUAUGGCAAAUAAAAUGUUUUUUAGCAAUAAGGAUUUUAAAUUCUUUGCCUGAAGAUGUGGUUUUGUCAGAGUCCAUACGGAUGUUUAAACUGCAAUUGGAUAAAUACUUGCAAAAACAUAACAUACAGGGAUAUAAUUUCUAAUUAGUGGGGUAAUAGCUGCUUGAUCCAAGGAAAUAUCUGCCUGCUAUUUUGGGGUCAAGGAGGAAUUUUUUCCUAGUUUGUUGCAAAAUUAGAAGUGCUUCAGACUAGGUUUUUUUGCCUUCUUUUGGAUCAACAGCAAAACCUAUGUGAGGAAGGCUGAACUUGAUGGGCACAAGUCUCUUUUCAACUAUGUAACAUGCACACAUACCAGCUACAUUCCUACAGGACAGAAUACGGACCGAGGAUAGAAUGAGAGGUCUUGUUUCUUAAAUAAAGAUAAUGUGAAUCGGCACCUUGACAGACCUUUAGUAUUUCUCUACUAUAUUGAAAUCACACAGUAAGCCCUGGAAGAACUAAUGCAUGUGUGGAUUAUCAUGAUAACAAGAGAUUUGCUUAACCCUGAUGUAGAAGGUAUUAAAGGAAAAGGUGUAAAGUUUGUAUCCAGCCUGAAGUAUCUCUUCAGAGGGGUAGUGGUGGUUGCGUGUUUUUAAAAUGUGAUCGAAUUGUAAGCAGAAAAUAAAAAAUGACACAUUAAUGGUAACUAAUUAUACAAUAAAUAUGAACUUAUCUUGUGAUUUAUGGUUAUCAAUAAGUAUAUGUGUUUUAACUAUAAAACAACAUGUGACUUGUUGCACAACAAUUAGAGUGGAAUACAAAUAAGUAAUAUUGAUUUGGGAGACCUUAAUAGUUAGCGUUUCCCCUAUUUUUUUUAUCCAUUUUUACACAGUAGUCUAUUUUGUUUACAAUAUUUUAAUGUUUCAUAAUAUGAAAGCAAAACCUACAAUAUUUUAUCAACAACAAGAAGUAAAUAUACCUUCAGUUAAUAACAAUUAUGUGAUUAACACAACUAUACAAAACUUACACUUGCCUGAAGAUGUUUGUGUGCCUUAUGUAAUUAUCUCAAAAUUAAAAAGGUUCUCUGCUUUGACUUUACCACAGGGAGUAAAUCUGCAAAGAUACAAACAGACCUCUUUGGCAAAGGAGCUGCCUAUUCACGACACAAUGCUGAGCGCUUGUUCCGUAAACUUGUUCUGGAUAGAAUCUUGGAUGAAGAGCUGUUCAUUACAGCACAUGAACAGGCAGUGGCAUAUGUAAAAGUAGGAGAGCGGGCUCAGGCAGUACUGAAUGGAUUUAGUAAGGUGCAUUUGAUAAACCAUGUAAUAUUUGUAACAUAAAGAUGCAUUUGUCUUGUAUUUUCUUAAUAGGAGGGGGGAAAAUGUGGUUAACAUGUAAGGGGAAUAUGUAUCUGGUAGAGUUCUAAAGAGGAAAGGGUGAUAAUGAAGAGAUGAAAAAGUAGGAGGGGAGGGGAAAAGAAAGAAAAAUGUUAUUAAUAAACGUGACGUCUGUGAAUGAAGUGAGAUAAAUUGUUGAAAAAAGGAAGGGAUAACAAUUGGGGUGGGGUUUUUUUUUUUUUAUUCUCUUUCCUUACUAUGUGUAAAUACCCUCAGACAAUGUGUAACAUUAUUGCCUUGGCAUGUAAAAAUAAAAACAGAAUAAAUGAAUUGAUAAAUAAGAUGCAUUUGAUGGAUUCCAAGGAUGUCUGAGUUCAGAGGUAGAGAGGUAGACUGAUCAUGCUGAGCAUAAAUAUUCACAGAGCUUUGUCAUAGCACUGAUUAAUGUGAACUAUUAACAUUACCCUAUCCCUUUGCUAGGUGGAGUUCCAAGACACAGAGAGUUCCAGCAGCUUACGUAAGCAAAAGUCCGUGGUUGUGGCAAACACAUCUAAGAGGGAAGAAAUGGUGAAUAAAUGCCAGGAAGAGGUUACUGAACUCUGUAAGCGUCUGGGCAAAAUAUUUGGAGUACAUUACUUCAAUAUUUUCAACACGGCUACUAUAAGGCGGAUUGCAGGUACAUGUCUCAAAAUAAAUGUGCUAGAAAGCCUUCCUGAUUUUUUAGCAGAUGUUAAUAUAGUGUGAAAUACGUAUACUGAAGGAUUUUCACCCAAUAUUAGACCCAGCAUUUCUUCCUCAACCCAGUAUAUUUCACUUCCCGAUUCUCUAUGGUCUGUAGUUCCAAUAGAACAAAACAUUGAAGUUACAUUGUAAUACUGCAUUAGUUAUAUUAUCUUAAUUGUCAUAUCUGUAUUAUUUGGGGUAUUUUGUUGAAAUUUUAGAUUUUAUUUUUUUUAUCGUAAGUUAUCAGAUAAUGUUUUUGUAAAACAAUAGCUACACAUUUUAAACAGUCGGACCAUGGUAAAUAUGUUGAUGUAAAACAAGGCAAUCUUAAAGGCUUAUAUCCUCAAAUAUGACAAAACGGAUACUGUGCUUUAAAUUUAAUCAUCCUGUCUAAAAUUUUAGCCAAAUAUUGCUCAUAUGGGGAAGGUAUGUACUAAGGGCCGGUGCAAGGAUUUAUGGCUGCACAGGCGAAGAUCCAUUUUUCUGCAUUGCUCCCCUCCAGCCCCUUUGUGUCUCUUUCCAGAUGCAUACAGUAUAUUAAAAUUAUCCAACGCAUCACGUCGACAGUAUUUUGGUUAUAUUGUGUUAUACUUUGUGUAUUGCAGAGUCCUUAUCUUCUGAGCCAGAUGUGUUACUGCAGAUUGAUGGAGUUACAGAAGACAAACUGGAGAAAUAUGGAGCUGAGCUUGUGGAGGUUCUCCAGAAGUACUCUGAAUGGACCCUUCCAGGUAUAGUAUUUUCCCUGCUUCUGGGUAUAUAUUGUUUCAACUUGUGUAGAAAGCCAAGGGUGUAACUAAAGACCAAGAAAUAGUCUAGUCAAGUAUCCUAAUCUCGCCACAAGUUGGGGACCUCGAGGCUGCAACAUUGCAAUUUUCUAAAACAAUUUAACACAUUAAAGUUAAAGAUUAUACUUUUCUCAAUCUAAGUCACCCAUUCUGUUUAGAAAGGAAAUUUUAAUAACUCUUAAGCAGGGGUAGGCAACAUUUGGCACUCCAGAUGUUGUGAACUACAUCUCCCAUAAUAUUGUUAAAGCAUCAGGGGAGAUGUAGACCACAACAUCUGGAGUGUUGAAGUUUGCCUAUACCAGCUCUACCGAAUUGUAAUAAGAAAUUAUGUUGCUUUUAUUAAAUGCAAAGGUGGUACAUAAUUGUAUGAACUCCUGCAUUAAAGUGUUUAUUUGUGUGUGUGUGUGUAUAUAUAUAUAUAUAUAUAUAUAUAUAUAUAUAUAUAUAUAUAUAAAUUAAAGGGGGUAUUCUGACCUUAUGAGUUGCAUUGUUUUUCUGACCUUAUGAGUUGCAUUGUUUUUGUUUCUUCUGACUUACCAAUCCAACUAGUAUUAUUACAUUAUGUGUCAUUAAGCUUACAUGACUAUUGAAUAUUACUGUAUGUAUCACACUGAUGGGAGGGUAGUACAAUUAUAUAUCUUUGUUGUACAUUUAAUUCAAUGCGCUUCCUCUUUUUUGCAAAUAUAAGUUCUUAACAAUCUGGUUAUAAAAAAAGGAAGUAAAAACACGUUUGCAUAAGACAUUCAUUGAAAUUUUUCCUUCAGCUGAAGAUAUUCCCCAGAAGACAACACACAGCACGUCAAGGAGGGUUGAGAGUGAUGAUGAUGGUGGAGGGAGAAGUGAAACUUCUUCAUACUUCAACUCUAAAGGUACAAAGAGAAAGAAUGCCCCAUACGUUAGGAAGUCUAAGAAAAGAAAGACGGUAGGAGAGGGCCAACAGUCUCGAGCCAAAAGGUAAGCUAAACAUUUGCUUAUUCCUAUGCUACCUCCCCGAUGUCAGUAGUUGAUACCUGAGGACUCCCCUCUAUCAGCUGGAGACAGAAUUUGUGGGCCCCAUGCUGAUCGAUGAGCUGUAUGCAGCUCGUACUGCUUUAAAUUGGGACUUGGGAGUUGUUAAAUACUUGCUCACAUCAGGGAGAGCUGGUGUAAAUGUAUAUCUCCACUCUGUUAUCUGCAGCCCCUCAAAGUGAGUACUGCAUUCCGGCCUUUAAAUCAAAUAAGAACAACGCAGCUGAUCGCACUCAGCCACAGUGAUUCUUUGUGUGCAGCUUGUUUGUGGGGACCACCAGGAUCUUUCUACUAGCAACAUACCUUUUUGAUUGGUGCUGGGCUUUGCCAGUUGCAUUGAUUACAGAGUAAUAGCAUUGCAUAUUUUACAUGGGGAUCUCCCUUCAUGUUGAGAAAAAAAAACACUAAAUGGUGGGAACACACUAAUCUUUACUCUUUUCACUUAGGACUCCAUUCGCAAAUAUCUGUGCUGAUAUUAGCAGAGGGAAAACCUUGGGAUUAGGAUUAGGUUUCUGUUUAGGUUUAAAAUUAGGAUUCGGUUUAUGAUUAUGGCCAGCAAGGGAAACCGACAUCAACAGAGGGAAUCCGUCAAACACUAUUGCUUUGGUUUGAGUUAGAAUUACUUUUAGGCAUAGUGUUUAGGGUAGGGUUUAGGAUUUGGUUUGGAUUAAGAUUGAUACUUUGCAAAGGUAUAAAUAUGGGAUAUGUUGUACUCAGGAGAUAUUACUGAGCACAGUUAAGAGAAUGUACUACAAUGGCACGCAUGAGAUUAAAAAAAAAAAAGCCGGGGGGCGGAGCCUGCGCCUGAUCGAGCCGAACGUGUUCAAGUGCAGCCCCGAGAGCUUGUCCCGACUAACGCGGCUAUCAGGGAAGAAGUCACCACACUUACCCGCUGAGUGCAAGCAGUGGAGGGAGACAUGGGAGGCACCAAACUGGCACAAUCUGCCACAGAUGCUGCUCUUGGCUCAGUACAAAAGAAAUGUGACGAUCUGACCGCACAACUGGCAAACAUGGAAGACAGGACUAAGGCACACAAUGUGAGAAUACGUGGCGUCCCUGACACCAUUUCAAAUGCUGAAUUAUCCCAUUACUGCAGGCGGCUCAUCGCCACACUCCUGCCGCCAAAACAGGCCAAACAGAUGGUGGUAGAUACCUGCAUCCGGCUACCAAAGGCUACCACAGCACCCAAGGACGCGACUACAGAUAUAUUGCUAAAAUUUACAAAGGACUCAGACCAAGGGACCCUUAUGGGUGCCGUUAAAAGCUCUCCCACUGUAUCCUUUGAGGGAGUUCACCUAGCCUUUUACAGAGACCUCUCCAGAACUACCCUUGCCUGGCAAAGGGUGCUCAAACCAGUUACACAACUAAGGCAAGAACACUCCAUCCCCUACAAGUGGGGCCAGCACCGCCUGAUAGUGGAAACGAACGACAGGAAGCACCGACCUUCCUCCACUCCUUAGGUUUACCAACGGAGACGCGACACCAUUUUGGACAGUGGAAAAAAUUACUCCCUUUGUGCCCAGGAGGGCAGCACCGGAGACCACUGACUCUCCUACCUGAUGUCUAGGGCGGCUUGUAGUAUUGUCAAACGCAUUAUUGUUUUACCACUACAUAAUUAAACGUUAGACUAUAAGUCUUCCACACACCCUGGCUCCACAAGCAUCUAACUUGCACAUUGAUCUAGUUAGUAACCCCCCCUCCCCCCAACAAGCCAGUUUGACCGUGUUAAGUUGCCCCUUUACAUAUGUACAUGCUUCAGCACACAUUCAACCUAAGUCUUGAACCUUAUUACAUACCCUCCUGGCCGGAGUCGGCCACAGAUAUAAGUUCUGCUAAGCUUUUAUACAAAACUAAUAGCAAACCAGUGCCAUAUGCAUAACAUGCAGUCAGCACAUUAUUCUGUCAAGCCGCAGGCACACAAAGCCUUGUUCCUACCCCCCUGACUCACUGUUAGUUAUUUACACUGACACGCAGGGACUUGCAAAUGAUAUAAAUAUUUUUAAAAGGUUGUUUUUAUACUUGUGGAGUGAACGUUGUACCACCCUGUAUGCAUUGAUGAUAUACGCUUUACAGUUGUAAUAUUAUACUUUGCCAACGCUGACCGCAAAAAUAAAGAAUUUUUUUUUUAAAAAGCAGCAAAAAUACAAUGUGUAUGUAAAAAAAUUAUUACUACGAACUUUCAAAAAUAAAAUAAAAAAUGGCACCUCAAUAAAGCUCAAAAUACACUAUGUGAAAGUCAACUUGACGGAUCUCUACAUUUGCAAAUGGUUUCCAUUUAUGGAGUAAUUUAAAUAUAUAAGAUUCUAAAAUGACUCAUAAUGCACCAUAGACCCAUCUUCCCAAAAAAAAAAAAAAAAAAAAGCAUUGGGCAAGUUCUUUAUUUUCUCAAAAACUUGACAAGGAUUUGCGAAAGGGGGUCAUUCUGUACUAAAUAUAAAUUGGCACAAUAAAGUGAUUUUCAUUACAGUAGCACCUAUCAAGUUUACAAAAUAAAUCACUACAUUGAAAUGUGCCUGUAUAAAAAAGCAAAAACAAAAUAAUGCCAUGAACUUUGAAGACAUUGGUGCUAAAAUAGCUGUACAAUAUAGAUCAAAAAAUGCCAUAUGACAUACCCGGUGGUGUCUACUUGUACAAAUGGCAUGCAUUUAUUGGCUAAUUUGAACUGUCAGACUGGUCUAAUCAAAAUAAGACCAUCAAAAUCCUAGCUGUAAUAGCUGGAAAAGUCAGGUCUCAUAUGGCACUGUAACUUCACAAGACUGUGGCAAAGACAUACAUUUGUAGCAUGUUUGUAUUCAAAUUAAUUGCAGGGCAUAUUUUGGGGGGUUUGAUCAGUGGCACAUACCAGAUUUCUUUGCAAAAUGCCUAGCAAAGAAAUGUCUAUGGGAAAAAAUGUUUUACAGAAACUGGUGAAAAGAUUGCAGUAUGUUAAGGCACAAUAUACACCAUUUGAGAGAUCCUGUACUAUCUACUUUCACAAAUGAUUGGCCUGAGUGAGUUAAUUUAAACAAACUGCUAUAGUGCGUCACAAUGAGACAUUGGCCCAUCAAAUCCGUCAAAAUUCUAUUUGUAAAACUCAAAUGGUCAGGUCUCUUAUAUGGCAUAUAGCUUCACAGGAUAGUGGCAAAAGCAUACAUUGAUAGAUAGCUGAACAUAGCAUAGGGAUAUGUACUGGAGUAGCAAACAGCAUAUUUACAAAAUACACAUUAAUACUUGUUGUAUGUAUGCGUGUAUGUUAAAAAUCAGAGAGCAGCAGAGAUUGGUAGUUAAAUUGCUACUUAAGAAGUGUCAAACUACAGUCAGGUAAAUAGUCUGAUGUAUACUAUAUAUAAAUAUAUUCUUUGUGUUUUCUGUGAUGAUUAUUAAACUUAAAAGACAAACAUUCCAAAUUGUAAAAUCUCCACAUUUUAUGACCUGUAACUAACAAAACACACUUAAAUCCUAAACAUAUGAUGUACUCUGUAAAUCAGGACAAAUAACUUAAUUUACUUUGAAAUAAUUUUCUUAAGCUGCACUAAAUAUACAAAUAUUAUUAUUGCCAAAACUGUGAAAAAAAAUUUUUUUUCUAAAAUAAAGAAAAUGUAUAUAUGUGUAUGUCAUAUCAAAUGAAAGCCCUUUUUUAUUAUUUAAAUGCUAUAUGAUAUGUUUGGUGCAAUAAGUAAGAAAUGUGGAAAUUUCAGUUUGAUACACACAUAGCAAAAAAUGUGCUUGUGUCCUUAAAGGGACACUAUAGUCACCAAAACAACUUUAGCUUAAUAAUGCAGUUUUUGUGUAUAGAUCAUGCCCAACUCACUGAUAUUUAGGAGUUACAUCACUUUUGUUUCUCUUUAUGCAGCCCUAGUCACACCUCCUCUGGCUGUGACGGACAUCACCUGCAUGAAAAGAAGUGGUUUAAUUUUCAAUUAGAUGUAUUGCUGCUCUGUAAAUUAAACUUUAAUUACAUACAGGAAACUUUUGCAGGUUCUUACAAGCUAUUAGCAGAGCAGGAGAUAUGAAAUUCUAAAUUAAACAGAAUUUGCAAUGUUGGAAGUAUAAACAUUAGAUGACUCUUACAGGAAGUGUUUAGGAAGGCUUUCCAAGUCACAUGCAGGGAGGUGUGACUAGGGCUGCAUAAACAAAGUGGUUUAAGUCCUAAAUGGCAGAGAUUUGAGCAGAGAGACUGCAGAAGCAUGAUCUAUACACCAAUACUGCUGCAUUAAACUAAUGUUGUUUUGGGGACUAGUGUCCCUUUAAGUACAAAACAAGUAAAUUGAAGCUUUGUCCCUAAGAGGUUAAUAAACCUGUUUAUAUAUUGAUCAGACGUCUGUCUUCUCAAGGUAAAACUGUUCUAAUCCUUCUUUCUGUUUUGGUAGCACCUCUUCAAACAGGAACAAUUCAUCUAAUGGAUCUUACAACGGAACAAAGCCAGUAGCAGUGAAAAGACCUGGGUUUAUGGCACCCCCGAUGCCUCAGAAUAAUCGCCGUUUUCUAAAACCUGCUUAUUCCUUGUUAUAGCAUUGCACAUUUUCCUGUACUGUAUGUUUUUUUUUUGUUUGUUUUUUUUUUGUAUUAGUGUUAAUUUUUACAGAUUAUAUAAAUAAAUAAGCUACAUCUGAUUAAAGUUAU